AUGCGCAGCCCCGCCCCGGCGGGAAGCGGAAGCGCAGGCUCGGGCUGCUGUGAGUUUCAGAGAUCAGCCAUGGGCAUUAAAGGUUUGCAGGGGUUUGUGGCAAGAGUUUGCCCUGAUGCAUGCAGAACAGUAGAUCUGAGAGAGAUGGCAGAAAAACAUCGCAUCGAUCAUCCUGAUUUCCCACCUGUUGUCGUAGUAGAUGCCAUGAGUUGUGUUAGAUACUGGUACACUCCAGAAUCCUGGGUAUGCGGCGGCCAGUGGCGGGAAUACCUUGCCAGUUUAGAGGAUUUUAUUAAAGCUUUUAUGGCAGCUGGUAUCAAGUUGGUGUUUUACUUUGAUGGAGUGGUAGAAGAGAAAAAGAGAGAUGAGUGGAUCAAGCGGAGGCUGCAGAAUAACAAGGAAAUAGCCAGAAUAUUUCAGUUUAUCAAGACUCACAGGAAACAACCAGAGAGAGAAAUGUUUGUUGUUCCUUCAGCUUUGCCUACUUUUACACGUUUUGCCCUGAAGUCGCUUGGUCAAAAAACAGUAUGCACAUUGCAAGAGGCAGACUUUGAGGUGGCUGCAUAUGGUUUGCAACAUAACUGCAUAGGAAUUCUUGGGCAAGAUAGUGACUACCUCAUCUAUAAUACAUGCCCCUACUUUUCCAUUGAGAAGCUCCGUCUGGACAGACUGGUCACUGUUAUGUACUCUCGAGAAGAUCUUUGCCGUGUGUUGGGUCUUAGUUUGACACACCUCCCUCUCUUUGCUUGCUUGCUUGGCAAUGAUGUUGUUCCAGAAAGCUUGUUGGGAGGCUUUUGGCAGAAAUGUUUAGUCACCAGUCCCCACAAGAAUAACAGCUACAACAGAAGAACAAACGUACUUCUAGCUGUAGCAAAUUACAUCUCAAAAGUUCCAUGCUCAUACAGCAGCCUGAAACACUUGGAAGAGAUGCUACCUUUGCGAUCAGACAAGACAUUACUUUGCAGAGGAGUGGAGUCCUAUCUUUUGCCCGGGCAGCAGUCUCCAUGGAUUCCUCCCAACGCAAGAAAUUGCCAAAUGUUCUCCCUUCAACAACAAACAGCCAUGUGUCAGGAUAAAGAAAUCUUUCAGUUAGCUAAAGAACAGCAUAUCCAAUCUGAAAAUUAUACAAUCUUCAAUAUCCUGAGUAAUGGAGAGAUUGAGUGCAGCAACUCUUUGGAAGAUGAAUGUGAUACAGAGAUUCCUGGACAGGCACUUAUUUACCGCCCUGCUCGUCAGCAUAUUUAUUCUGUCUUGUUGGAAUCUGAAAAAGGUGGAGCCUAUCCUGUGGUAAAAGAGUGGUUUGUCUAUUUUGGAAAUCCUCUCCAGCAGCCAGAGCUGAUACAACCUGUACAACCUUCUAUUCCAGGUGGAACACCUAAUUUGAAAACACUGUGGUUUGCCAAAGGACCUGACGUGGAAAAGCAACGGUAUAGUACAUUUCUGGCAUGCUUUCACCUUCAGGACGGGAUGGAAGAGCUCCAAGCUCUAGAAGCACCUGUUGCAGCAUUCUGCUGCUUGCUGGCCUAUCUUAUGAUGCAGGUCAGUAGCCUCUCUCUGGAGGACUUAAAUGCGUUUGUGGCACUCAUUCUCUGCCUCAAAGGGAAGUCAGCUGCUCAACUGGCAGGUUUGCAGCUUGCACAAGUGGACUCGAGAGCUGUACAUCUUGGCGCCGUCUUUGUUCGUGGCCUUACAACUUUGCUCAUGGCCAAUAGUACCUGUGGCUUUCCAUUCAGAAUGGAUGAUUUGAUGCCUUGGGAACAGUUUGAUGGAAAACUUUUUCAAGAGAAAUACCAGCAGUCACACCGAGGUUGCUCUUUGGAAGAGCUUUUGGAAGGCAAUGAGUCUUUGUAUACACCCUUCCAGAAUCUGAAGUCUUUCAUUUGCAAGGUUUGCAUGGCGAAGAAAAGAACAAUACAGAGCAGACCAAGAGGGAAUGCGUUUAUCACAGGAACACAACGAAGAGAAUUUAAUCCCAGGUUCCAACAAACACAUAGAAGUUCUUUUGUUCCUCCAUAUCAUAACCAGAUGAGGGGAUUUCUAUGGAGAAAUCCUCAACCACAAGGUAGAGAAUAUAGAUCAGGACAUCCAGACCGGAGGAGAAGAUUCCACCUUCCUCCUCGAAGGUGUAUGAUGAAAGAAAAGUGAAAGCCUGAUGUCCUCUUCCUGCUCUCAAAAAAGACUGAGCAGCAGAAAAAGAGGAUAUCCUAAGAUAGAGGCAAAAUGUUAAGAGCAAGUUUUGAAAUCUGAGAGAGUUUGCAGAUUUCCAUAAGAGCAUGUUUAGUUACUGAGGAUGAUGACUAUUCAAAACAGUGAAGUCAGUGGUGUUGCAGAGGGACUAAACUUUAUAUUUACAGAGAACUGUGGCCUUAAUGUUUAUAAUGUUGGCAAAUCCACUCUGUUGGAUUAUUUUUCUUUUUUGUUUUGAAUAAUAUUGAUUAGUAUCUUGUUAGUGUAGUUCUCAUAGUCACUAUCCUCGAUAUGGAAACUGUAUCUCAGUCUUAGGCUUCUUAUUGUGUUACUGCCAGGAUUAUUUGGUUUUAUAAGCAUUUGAAAAUUAAAUUUAUAUCUGAAAACUAUCUCAUCACCCAUACUAAUAGAGAGUAGCAGACGCUAUAAAACUUAAUGCCUGCAUUAAGCCUUGCAGAACUUAAGGUUCAAAAUAUAAGUGCUGAUCUGGAUAAUUAAUACAUAGAUCACUAAACCCAGAACACAUCAUUAUGGUAGUUUAAUCACCUGCAUAAUACAGAUCACAAAAUCUUACCCUGCAACAGGCUGUAACUUCUAAAAAUGUUUCAGUGUUGAUAUUCAUGUGUCAUAUUUGGCUCCUCACAACUGUUUGUCUUUUAAAUUACCCAGGUGACUGUACUCAUUACUGAAGUGGAUGAAAAUGGAUAGGAAAAGACACAUUUUUAUGAAAUGCUGUAUGUUGAAGAUCAUAAAAACUUCAUCAGUGUUUUUAAAAAUGGUGGUAGAAAGGCUCUAAUCAGAAAUUUAUCAUGCCUCAUCUUCAGUUCCAUUUUAUUUUGUAUACUUUUUUUUCUAGCCUAUAGCUUAUGGAAUGUUGUGAAACAAUUAUUAUAUAAUUUAGGUUCCAGAUAGUAUUGUUUGGAGCACUUUACAAAAACCUUGUUGACACAGAUAUGAAAAAUGGUCAUCAAAAAAUUAUGUCUAAAAAGUAGAGACCAGUCCUAGCUGUUGAAGGCGGCUGCAAAAAUUUAAUUAAUUCAUCUGGUUCUGUUGUGAAAUCUAUUGUGUCUCUUCUGUUAAAUGUUUAUGGUAGAUGAGGCUGAAAGUGCUCAGUCUCGGACAAAAAAGGGUACUUCUAAAGUGUUUACAAUCAUAUGACGGUUAAAAAAUGUUACUUUUCCAUCAUGUGGCUUACUUUCAUAGUUUCUCAGUCUCAGAGAAUGAGAAAGGGGUAGCUAAAACAUUCCAGAAAGUUAUAAAAUUGGUUUCUGUGUACAAAACUGCUACAGCUUUAAUAUCCUAUUAUUCUGGGGCCUUUCAGAGGUGAGUCAAAUGCAUAGUCCUUUUCUGGAAUAUCUAGAAUUCUCCUCCAUAUGUAGUGAGUCAUUUGUGAAACAUUUAAGGUUUAUGCCAGACCUUACAUCUGUCUUUAGCCUCAAAGUAAAGGUGUCAGUGUGAGCCUCUGGCCAGUAUAAUUUUGGAGGAAAUUCUAAAUCAAUGGGAAACUAACAGACAUUUUGAAUGCAUUCUUUUUUUUUUUUUUUUUUCUCUGAAGUGGCAGUUGUUUGAAGCACACAGGGUAAAUUUUUUUCCCUUUUGACAUCACUGGUGCAUCUUUUGCAGAUAUUAGUGGCACUGUGAUUUCACUCCAUCCUGAUAAGGUAGUCCCAAGACAUCUAAGUAAAUGGACAGAGUACAGGUAGGGCAGUCGGGUAUCUCCUGUGUUAAUUUUCACUGGUCUAUUAUUCAUCACACAGACUUUAUUACUACUUUGGAGAUACGUGUGUUUUUAGAGUAGUACAUAAGUACACUUGAAAUCAAAUAUCUUUAGAAGUGUUUAGCAUGAGGGAAAGGUAUUAUUUUUAUAUUCUAAAGAGAAAAUUUAGCUCUAAUUUUGAAACCUAUUUUCAGAAGAAGUAUUAUAGCUAUUUUACAACUUGCACUUAUCUUUAUGGUACAAUGAUUACCGAUUUAAAUUCUGUUGGUUUUAGUCCAUUAUUGUUCAGUUCAUGUUGUUUCUUAGGCCUCAUGCAGAUAACUCCUUUGAGUCAACUGUCAGUGGAACUUAGUUCCUAUUUAGUAUACAUGUUAUGUCAAAGUGAACAGUAUUGUCAGACAUACAUAACUCAAUACUAUAAUUUCCUCGCAUGUAUUUUUCUAUUUGUAACCCAAUAAAUACAUUCUUUCAUACUCUGCAUGUAGCAACAGUCCAGCUAAUCAAAUAAAUUGGCGGCAAUACAGUAUUUCUAGUUCUAUUAAAAGUUUGAACAGACAUAACUUUUACACGACACUGUCUGAUUUGCAUUCCAGGGAUCCUGUCACGAUAGGGGCAUUCCUGCUUCCUUUUUCUAUUGAUUUGUCACUGACUGUAAUUGUACUACCACUUUUUUUUUUUUCUUUUUUUUUUUUCCCCCAAACCUUUUGGAAUAAUGUGGUCUGAGUUUUAUGGAAAGUUCUCUAGUUUCAGGAAUCUCAUGAUGUAUAAUAGUGUAUUUGAAAAGAAUGUAAAUGUGUGCCAGGAUUUGUUGGUAAUUCCCCCUUCAGGCUUUGAUAUGAGAAAAGAUUUCUGUUGGCCUCAAUAAACAAAGUUAAAUACAGUUAGA